CUGUGUGAACGGAGAGAGUGGAUGGGAGCGAGAGAGCUGGAACGUGAGAAAGAGAGAGCGAGAGACAGGAAGUUCACACAUCUGAUUACUUUUCUCUGGCCACAUCACCCAAGUGACACAAUGACUUAUGGCUGGAGUUUCAUCACCUAGAUACACAGACACAGACAGCUACUACUGAAGCAUCUCAACUCAUAGAAUGACACCAAACGCCACCAUUCCGUUUGCCCUCGUCACCUCAGCCGCCCGAGAUGACGAAGCCAAGGUGGUGGACAUCGAUGCCAUCAUGAACAAAUUAAACAUUGUCCUUCUCACGCUGACCAUUGUCCUGGGCACCACGGGCAACUCUGUAGUCAUCUGGAUGGCAGGCUUCAAGCUCAAGCCCACCAUCACCAAUGUGUGGCUGGUCAACCUGGCCGUGGCCGACCUCAUCUUCUGCCUGAGCCGUGUGCUCUCGCUGACCAAAAAGCUCUUCUUCGACUACUGGCCGUUCGGCAUCUUCUUAUGCAAGUUCAACGGCUUCUUCAGGUAUGCCAACAUGUUCUGCAGUGUGUUCCUGCUCGCCGUCAUCAGCAUGGACCGGACGCUCUGCAUCUGGCACCCCGUCUUUACCAAACGGCGUAGGACGAUCUGCACCGCCCGCCUGGUAAGUGCCGGCGUGUGGGCUGUGGCGGCCAUUUUGAGCGCCCCCCACUUCGCCUACCGCCAGGUUUACCUCAGCAAGAAUAACCUGAGCAAGUGCUCUCUGGAGGACAAUGAGCCAAAAGUCGAUAACAGCGCUAAGCUCGCGCUCUACCUAAUGCGCUUCCUAUGCGGUUUCCUGCUUCCUUUCCUCAUCAUCCUCUGCUGCUACAUCCUGGCAGGGCUAGGCAUCAGACGCACCCGCCUGUUGGGCAAGUCACGUCCACUCCGGAUCUUGGUAUCGCUGGUCUGUGCUUUCUUCCUGUGCUGGGCGCCCUACCACUGCCUCCUACUGGCAAAGAUGGUGAACAGCAACAGUACGGUGGUGACGGGGGGGCUGACAGUGGCCACAGCCUUUACCUACUUCAACAGUUGUGUGAACCCGCUGCUGUACUUCUGUAUGGGGUUGGACAUGAGAGGGUCGAGGUUCAGGCAGACCUUAGCGGGGGUGUACCGGAGAGCACUAGCCGAUGACAGAGAUGGUCGAAACACGCAGUCCAACGAGCGAACAGUGCAUAAUAGUUCUGGUUCUGCGUCACAACCUGCACUCAGUCUCAAGUGAAUGUGGCCCACGUCUGAGAGAAGUCACAUUUGGUAUGAGGAGUGGUUUCAGUCCUUAUUAGCUCACAGGCUAGUAAACACUGAAUAGGUUUUCCCAACUUGUGUAGACACACAUAUUUCAGAGUUUUUAUCAGUUGGGAUACAUAUGGACACAGGGUAACUGUGAAUCUACAUAAAUUACUCAAUAAAUCAGCUUCACAUUUUCUAAGUGUUAUGUGAUGAAAAUCCCAGAAAGAAAGUGGAACUGUGUCAAGGAAAUAUAAAAUAACAUAUCAGGGGAAGUGGUACAUCUUUUGGGGAAAGUCCUAGAUGACUUCAGUCAUGCUAUGUUUUAAUAAGUGUCAUGUUUCAACAGUGGAAAAACAAGGAUAUUUAUUCCCAUUUUACCUUUCAGCUUUUCAGCUUUUGGAAUCAUUGUCAACUACUUGGCAGCAUCCUUAUGUGCCACUGGUGAAUUUGUCAUAUUGCUGACACCUCAUUCACUCUCAUUGAUGAUACAAAGAGGGGAAAAUAAAGAGUUGAGAGAAAAUAGGAAGAAAGGUGAAAGGGAGUCAGAAGAAGAGGAUGUGAUCUGGACAACUUGACUUGAGGAAGCCUGGUGGUCGCUUGUUUCUCUUUUAGUCCCCACAUUGCUCCUCCUAGACAGACGGUUUCCAUCAUGUCUCAGUCACAUGACUGGUCUCUCCUUCAGACAAACUGUAUCAGAGGUGAACACAGAGGCUUAGCUGAAGCUCUGUGGUUGCCAGUUCAGAUAAAAACGUGUGGUCACGUUUCCACUUAAUAUGCAAUGUCACACUCACAGCGGAAGAGAAAUGAAAACCACAAUUCAGUUCACUUUCCGACUUUUUCUCGCUCUCUCCCUCCUUCCCUCUCACUUACUCUCUCUUUCUCUCCUUCUCCUUUCUCUGAUUAUAUUUUUCAGGACUCUUGUACUAAAAUAUAAAGUAUGAAAGAGACAAUUCAGCUGACAUCUAUUUAUCUUUUGAUAAAAAUUCUCAACUGUUUUCCUGUAUUGUCUGAAACUGUGUAGCUAGCGUUGUCAUUCAUGAAAGGCCUAAACGUCCAGGAUGCAGAGAAACAGAAAUCCCCCUCAGGACAAUGGAGGAAAGGAACAUAAUUGGAUGGGAACAAACAGACCAGCCAGCCGUACCCUCCUUCCUCACAUCUUUUUGAUGCUCUGCCCUUUAUCAAUGUAAAAUUAUUUUUUUAAUCAGUGUGUAAAACAAAUUGACCAAUUGCCAUUGUUGAGAAAGUACCAUGCCAACUGAUAUCACAUUCUUCAACCAACAUGUUGACCUAUAGGAAGAGGGAACUCCUACUUUAUGUCUGAUUCAUUUGAUUUGUCAUGAGUCAAAAGGUCUUGAAUUGAGCAACAUGUGAAAUAAUAAAAUGGGUUGAAGGCAGUGGGGGUGAAGGGUGCUGCUGGAUAUGUAUUUAAUACACAAGUUAGGUUUUUCUUUGCCUCUAUUCCAGCAACACACAUCCUCUAUAGUUGCUUUUUCACUGGUCAACAUUCACAAGGGGGCGACAGAGGUUUUCUUGGUGUCUUCUCAUUUGUUGUGAAAGCAAAAGAAGAGUCUCUUGUCUUGUUGUCUUCCCUUGCUAGCAAGUUUGCUUAACACUGCAAGCUAGCUAGCCUUUUGAAAUAAUCAGAUUUCUAAUGAAAUAAUAUUAAAUGGCAAAUACUUUCCGGUGUAACCUACAACAUUAUCCCAAUUUGAUUUGCUGCUUCAAUGUACUGGCUCACAUAUCAGCUAAACAUACAAUGUCAUAAUUUUUAUUCAGGGCCUCUCCUGUUUUAAGCCCCACCUGUUUAGCUAAAAAAAUUAA